AUGGGUCAACCGUCCUUCCAGGCGUCAAACGCCAUAGUCUAUCUGACUUACGGUGCCUUCCUUAUUCUGGGAACAGCUCUAGCAUGGAGGUUCCGAAAGGACUCCAAGGGCGAGUUCCUUUCUGGCAACAGAACUCGGACCGGUCAGGAAAACAACCCCAAGGGAAAGGAUUGGAGUCGAAAGAGACGAAGCUUGUCGCAAACAAGGCUUCUCCUUGACCCCCAAUUCUCUACCAUUGUCCUUACUGCCCCUGCGGCCUCAACAUCUGCUAACCCCUUGACAGCGCUUCCGAUCGCUCUGAACUUCAUCGCCUCUGGUCUCGGAUCUGGCAUCCUAUUCUCCUACCCGGAGCUUGCCACCAUCGCCGGCGUGCAAGGCGUGAUCACCUACGCCCUGAUGUCCGCCCUGCCCUUGCUGAUCUUCGCUGCGCUGGGGCCCAUCAUCCGCCGAAAGUGUCCUGAAGGUUUCGUCCUCACGGAGUGGACGCGCCAGCGAUAUGGUGUCAUCACCGCUCUGUGGUUGAGUUUCCUGACUCUGGUGACCAUGUUUUUGUACAUGGUCUCCGAGCUUUCAGCAAUUGGCCAGGUCGUCAGUACCUUGACAGGACUGGACUCGCUUCCUGUGCUCAUUGUGGAAUGUGUGGUCACCACUAUCUACACCUCUCUCGGCGGCUUCAAAGUCUCUUUCAUUACCGACAACAUCCAAGGAGCUAUGGUGCUGGGUCUCAUCUUAAUUGCAACUAUCACCAUUGGUGCGCGGACGGAUAUCAAGCCAGGCCUCGUUGAAAGCUCCGGUCUUCUCGAGCCAAGCCUCCUCGGCUGGCAACUCCUGUACAUCUUCCCGAUCGCCAUCCUCACCAACGACUUUUUCCUCUCCAACUUCUGGCUGCGGACCUUCGCCUCCAAGACCGACAAGGACCUCUGGAUCGGUGUCAGCAUUGCAGUCGUCUGUGUGCUCAUCAUCCUGACGCUCGUUGGCAUGACGGGCUGCAUCGCAGCCUGGUCAGGCGCCUGGCCCGGUGACCCAGCGCAGGACGGUAGUGUGGCCUUCUUCCUCUUGCUGGAGCAGCUGCCCAGCUGGGUCAUUGGAAUCGUGCUCGUUAUGGCGGUGUCGCUGUCCACCGCGUCCUUCGACUCGCUACAGUCCGCCAUGGUCUCGUCCGCCGCCAAUGACCUGUUCCGCAACAAGCUGAACAUUUGGUUCAUCCGCCUGGCCGUGGUCCUGCUCAUGAUCCCCACCAUCGUCAUCGCCCUGAGGGCUAUCUCCAUCCUGCAGAUCUACCUGAUCACGGACCUUCUCUCCGCUUCGACCAUCCCCGUCCUUAUCCUCGGCCUCAACGACAGGGUGUACUGGUGGCGCGGCUUCGAGGUCGUCGUCGGCGGCCUGGGUGGCAUCCUCAGCGUGUUCAUCUUCGGCACCAUCUACUACGGCGACGCCCUGGCUGGCGCACAGCUCAUCCUCUUGGAGCAGGGUCUGUAUGGGAGCGACUGGGCAGCGUUCGGCGCGUUUGUGGCUGCUCCCGUGGGCGGAUUGCUCUUUGGCUUUGCAGCUUGCGCGCUGAGGCUCACCUUCCAAUUCUUCUGGGCCAAGAAGAAUGGCACACGCUUUACGGGGUUCGAUCGACCUGCUGUCAUGGAUGAUGACUCUGCGACAGAGGUGGUGGUCCAACGCGAGGAGGUCCCGGUGUCCAAGCAUGCUGGAAAGUUCUUUUGA